AUGUCCGAAAACAAAAGUGCACAGCCAAAAGUAACGCUACACUGGCUCAACCAGUCCCGUGCCCAGCGUAUUGUUUGGCUUCUCGAAGAGCUCAACCUCGACUACGAUAUCGAAUGUCACAUCCGGAACUCCGCGAUGUUCGCCCCCGAAGGCUCGCAAUCUCUACACCCGCUUGGGAAAUUUCCCAUUGUAGUUGUCGGUGACAGGGUUCUUGCCGAGUCAGGAUUUAUCAUCGAGUACCUCGUCGACAAAUUCGGGCCCCAGCUCAAACCUAGCGACGAGGACUCACUGCUGCGGUACAAGUACUUCCUCCACUAUGCCGAGGGUUCCCUGAUGCCGCCGAUGCUGGUUGGGUUUGUGGUCGAGAAUAUCAACAAAGCGUCGGUACCGUUCUUCAUCAAGCCACUCAUCAACAUGAUUACUAGCAGGGUCGAGACGCGGUUCUUGAAACCCAAUUACAAGACCCACUUUGACUUCCUAGAGGCCGAGCUUUCGUCGCGACCGUAUUUGGCGGGCGAGGAAUUCUCAGGCGCUGAUAUUAUGAUAUCGUUCCAGUUAGCGGCUGCAAAGAUGAUUUGCGGGCUAAGUAAAGAGGAAUAUCCGAAGUUGUUUGAAUAUAUGGAGAGGUGUGAGAGUAGAGAGGCGUGUAAGAGGGCGUAUAAGAAGACUAAGGAAAUGGAAGCGGCGGGGACCAAAUUGUGA